CCUGAGCCUAAGGGUCUAGGAACAAUAGUCCCACAUGCCAGGUCCCGUGAUGGGUACGGGAGGUACGUAUUUCUCCUGCCGGUCCUUUCUGGGGCCUCCGCCCGCCAUUCCCUCCCAUGGAAUGAUUUUCCGGACGCUCUCAACGGCGAGCUCAGCGCCGUUGCUGGCUGCUGCGGAUAACUCUUUGAGGCUCACCGCUCCUCGCCGGGAUGCCCGUUCUGCCCUGGAGACACGAUGCCCGCCUGGUAUGUCUGUCCACGUCGGGGAGACGGGUGGUCGCCAAGCGAUAAGGGAACCAGGUGGUUUCAUUCGUCCAGCGUCCUGGACCACGCAUUGGCAAGGUGUCGGGCGUCAAAUGAACUUGACAUCACCGGUAGGUCGUACUGGCUUCGUAGAUCUGGUCUCACCUCUCAAGUCAUCAGCUUCGGAUUCGUGUUCAUCCCUCCUGAGACGGCUUGGGUCUCACAGACUCGGGCCCCGGGGUGGUACAGACUACGGCGGGAGCCUGUAGCACAGAACCGGAGAUGAGGUUGGGUCCUCAGCUCGUCUCUGUAUCACUCCCUUCUGACUCUGAGUGGUCCAUCGCAGCGUGCAUUUGGAAUACCUGCCAGCUCGGUUGUGCCAAU